AUGGAGGACACAAUUACAACUCCUAAUUACAUCUCAAAACAACAGAAAUUAACCUUUAAUGUUCCAGCAAACCAUGCAAAUUCUAGCAGUAAGUUUUAUUAUCAUUUGUCCUUUAAAGCUAUACUAGUUCUGAUACUUCUAGUUGUACUUCCACUUUUUCCUUUGGAAGCUCCUGAAAUUAUCAGCAAAUCUCUACAUACUGGAAGUUGGGAAAUUCUUCAGCUUAUGUUAGUUGGUAUAGCUGUUUCUUACGGCUUAUUCAGCAAAAAAAGUGAAGAUGAAACAGAAAAUGAAUACUGUAGUGAUUCAAAGUUUGAUAAUGUUAAAUCUAGAUUACUUGAGGUUUCAUCUUUUUUUGAUGAUGAGGCCGAAAACCAUUCUGUAUCUGAAGAAAACAGAGUUCAGACUUGGAAUAAUUAUCAGUAUCAUAGUGGUAAACCAGUAGUAGUUGUAGCUAAUGAAAACUCUGUUGAUCUUGAAAAACACAGAGGUAUAAUUGGUUCAAGAAUUGAUGAAAAGCCAUUGCUUUUGCCAAUUCGGAGUUUGAAAUCUCCUGUUCCUGAGUCUAUCUCAACUACUUCACCAAAAUCUCUUUCACCUUCACUAUCCAAAAUUUCAUCUCCAAGAAAGUUUUCCUCUUCAGUACUUCCAUUUUCAUCAGAAUCUGAAGCCAAUAUUGAUGACAAUAUAGUGAGGAAAAAGAGUUUUCUCAAGUCCUCUCUUCCGCCUCCGCCACCACCUCCUCUGCCACCACCAACCCCUAUUCUUAAAAAAUCUACUCUGUUGAAAUCAAGCUCUAUAAAUAUAGAUGACAAGGCUGCUUCUGAUAAGGAACUGAGGAGAAGUAGUAGGAGUGUGUCGUUUGAGGGGAAGUCUGUUCGAACAAUUAGGCCAUUCAUUGGAGCUGCUAGAGCAAGAGUACUAUAUGGUAAAGAUUUUAUAAAUGGAAAGGCAGAGGGAAUAAAGAAUAAGGAUAUUGAAGAAACUUUUGUCGAUAAACUGAUGAAUGAAACGUCGCAUUUUGUAUCAAAGCCAGCAGUGAUGGAGUUUGUAGGGGAAGAGAAGAAAGUGUUGUCUGUUGAAAAGGUAGUUGUGGAAACUGAUGAGGACUCAGAUGAUUGGUUUGAAGAGAGCACAGGAAAUGAAGAGGUAGCAAACAAGAAUGUUAGUGAGAAGGCAACUGAGAGUGUUACUGAUGUUGACAAGAAGGCGGAUCAGUUCAUAGCUAAAUUUAGGGAGCAAAUCAGGCUUCAGAGAAUUGAGUCAAUCAGAACAUCUGCUACAAACCUUGUAAAAUGA